AUUUUGCUGUAUGCUGGUUUCUGUGGAGUAGCGACUAAGCUGAUCAUUUUCUUGCUUGGUGAGAUUAGAAGCUGGUAUAGUGUCCUAAUGUGCUUCAUUUGAUCGUUAGGAAAGAGAGGCUUCUGUUAUAUUUGAGAGGAAAAAGAUAAAAAAUUAUAUGUAAAAUAGUUUCCAUGACUGCUAAAUUAAUAACAAGCAACAGGUAUAAUGAUUUGUAGCUCUUUCUUCACUUCAAUAAUUUGACAGAAAGGAAGCCAGGGUCUGUCACUUGUAGCUUUUAGAUGGAUGAACAGUUUUCUUGUCUUGCCAGGUUGUACUAAUGUGGAUCCAUGUUCAAAUGACUUAGGUCCCGUUUGGUUAUUAGAAAGGAAUAAAAUGAAAUUAAUUGAAAAAAUAAAGGUAAAAAUGAGAUGAUUAAAGGAGAAGGUGAAUCACAUUCACAACCAUUCCAUUCAAAUUUUUUUUAGUAACCAAACGGGAUCUUAAAGGAACCUGGAUUGCAAAUUGAACGAAUUUGGUCAGCAUUGUAUGGCACUAUGGCUGAUGACUCUGUCACCUGGGGAACAACUGCAUAUAUGGUUUUUUGGCAAGUGGUAACUUUAUGGAAUGAACUAUACAUAAACAGUUUUUCUUUUCUCAGAUGCAGGUUUUUCCUUUGUCAAAAAAGGUCGAUGAUGGUCAUGGAACAGAUGUCAUCCUGAUCAGUUCCACGCCCCAUCAUUAACUGUAAAAUCUCUCGAAAUCAGAACACCAUAUAUUCAGAGCCUAGAAGGCUAGAAUUGAUAAAUUCUUCGAGUUUUGAGUAGGCUGUCUUCAUGUUGAACUUGUUUUCUCUGAGGAACCUGUCUUGGGGUUCCCGUACUGCUGGCCAGGAAAAGGUCGAGGUAACUGCUGCGGAAGUAGAAUCACUUCAAUCAGAACUUGCUGAUGCAGAAGAGAGGGAAGCUCACUUAAAAGCUCAAUUGGAUCAUAUUGAUGAGAUUCUUCGGUCAGCUCGUCUAUCUGGCUACAUGUACAUCAGAACGAGAUGGACGGCGCUGCCAGGAGAUCCUCCACCUAUAGAUGAUUCUGAUGUAGAUGAUUGGGUUCCUCGUUUUGUUGUUCUCCAGGGAGAAUGCAUUUUCACGUAUUUGUUGUGUUCAGAUCUAAGUCCUCAAGACACCACUCCUCUAUCUGAUAUUGUUGAAGUGGGGCUGCUACCAAGUUUUAAACGGGAGGAUGAUGAGAGACAACAUGCCUUUUUUAUCUUAUCUCGUCUAGGAUUUCGAUACGAGUGUUCAAGUAGUUCCAAAAUACAGGUGGACUCUUGGUUGUCGGCUUUACGAACUGACUGCAACUUGGACUCGCAAGUUUGCAGAUCUGCUUCUAGAGCCGUGAGAUCUUUUCUCUCUGCUUCCAGGGGCUCUCGCUUUUACUCCGAAGGGCGCAAUGUAGCUGCUGCUGUUUCAAUCACAAGGAAAGUGCCUCUUUUUGCCACAAAUUUUGGGAAGUCUGAAUCCGGAAGUGGACCCAGAUCAUGGCUUUCAGGGGUUCUCGCUCUUCCUGCUGCAGUUUACUUGCUCCAAGAUCAAGAGGCACAUGCUGCAGAGCUGGAGCGCACUUUCAUUGCCAUUAAGCCCGAUGGAGUCCAAAGAGGACUGAUUUCAGAGAUUAUAUCUCGUUUUGAGCGGAAGGGGUACAAACUCGUGGGAAUUAAAGUGGUGAUUCCUUCAAAAGAUUUUGCACAGAAGCAUUAUCAUGACCUGAAGGAAAGACCCUUCUUCAAUGGCCUAUGUGAAUUCCUAAGCUCUGGCCCUGUUGUUGCAAUGGUCUGGGAAGGACAGGGAGUCAUUUCCUAUGGCCGAAAACUAAUAGGAGCCACUGAUCCACAGAAGUCUGAGCCUGGCACCAUCAGAGGUGACCUGGCUGUCGUAGUUGGAAGAAAUAUCAUCCACGGGAGUGAUGGGCCGGAGACUGCUAGGGACGAAAUUAAGUUGUGGUUUGAGCCAGAAGAGUUGGUAAAUUACACGAGCAAUGCAGAAAAGUGGAUUUAUGGUGUAAACUGAUUCUUUUUUUCUCAGCCAUCCGGUUUUUCCAUGACAGGAUAGAAGCAUACGUGAGUUCUGGAAUAAGCUAGUGCUCGUCUCAGAUGAGUGGCUAGUGGUAACAUUGACUCUUGAAUCCAUAAGCGGAAUUUAGAAUAAUAUUGUUACCAGAUGAUAUAUUAUACUGCAUUCUGAAUUCACACUAUUUAAUCAAGCCAGGUGCUGUCAAUCCAUGAUUAGUUCUUCGUUAGUUAUUUCCAUCUUCGAGAAGAAAUUAGGAUCACCCACCAUGCAUUUAUCCUAUAAACAGUUGAAUGGAAAAGAAGCUGGUUCUCUGAACAUGUUUGGUUGAAGCAUGCAUUUGUCAUGUGUUGAUUCAUAUGUUUUUCUGAAUGUUGUAUUAAAGCUUUGUAUGAACUGCAAGGCUGCCAUGCCGCAUCACAUUCUCUGAUCA